AUGUCUCACAACGAAGUUCAGGCUAACGGUUGGACUGCUGUUCCCGUAAGCGCUAAAAAGAUCAUCGAUUCUGUGGUAAAGCUUCAGGAAGUCCCUCCUUAUAAGACUCAAGACAUUCCGUUCCCGACUGAAGACAAGCUUGUCGCCGAAGCUGAAGCCUUUGUCAAGGCACGCUUGAGCCCAGAAGCCUACAACCACUCCAUUCGUGUCUUCUACUGGGGGACUAUCAUUGCAAAGCGCUUGCUGCCUGAGCAUGCUAAAUUGCUGUCACCAUCCACCUGGGCACUUACUUGCCUUUUGCACGACAUCGGUACCGCAGAAGCUUACUUCACCUCGACGCGCAUGUCAUUCGAUAUCUAUGGCGGCAUCAAAGCAAUGGAAGUCCUAAAGGUGCUUGGCGGUAGCACAGAUCAAGCCGAGGCUGUUGGUGAGGCCAUCAUUCGCCAUCAGGACAUGGGUGUAGAUGGAACUAUCACAUUCCUCGGUCAGUUGAUCCAACUUGCUACGCUGUAUGAUAAUGUAGGCGUAUAUGAAGGUAUCGAGGAUUUUGGUAGCUGGAUUGAUGAGACUACUCGUAACAGCAUCAACCAGUCAUUCCCUCGUCACGGUUGGUGUUCUUGGUUCGCGUGCACAGUCCGCAAGGAGGAGUCCAACAAGCCUUGGUGCCAUACUACACAUAUUCCUCAGUUUGACAAGCAGAUGGAAGCGAACACUCUGAUGAAGCCGUGGGAGUAG